AUGAGCGGAAGACCAAGCCGUUAUUCAGCAAAGCUUUCGGCGGUAGGCGGCCGUUGCAGGCUCCUUGAACUUCCUCGCGAACUCAGAGACAUCAUAUACGAAUACGGUCUAUCAGAUCCUGCAGGACUGGAAUACAUAUCUCCGCCGUGUCCUUCGUAUGCUCCUAACUACUGGCCGCUGAAAGCUCGCGCACCUAUCGGCACCGGGAUACUCCGCACCUGCAAGCAAAUCUACCACGAAGCCCAUCUCACACCGCUUCGUAAGAACGCGGUGCAUGUUCACAUCGAUAAGGACGACCCCGAGGGACACAAUGGCCUAUGCGAAGCAUCUUCUUUCUUCACGGCAAUCGGUCCAACAAGGUUGCGCGAGAUUCGAGACGUGAUUAUCUACGACUCUAUGACGGCACCGGUCGGGGACGACAGGGCUUUUACGAUCUCAGAGUUUUGCUGCCGUGAAGCAUACCGCAGCCACUUCGAGGCUCUCAUCAAGACCAUGAACGUCCACACAAGGAUGCGCGUUCGCAUGGUCAUCUUCUUCGAUGGGUACGGUAUCGAGGAAUGGGAGAGGCUGGGAUCUGCAACUCCUUUCUGGGCGAGCAUUGUGGGCAAAGCCAUCCGCUUUCCAAAAAUUUUGAGCUUCGAGUUCCGAUUUGCGUGGGAAGCGAUGCCCACUAGGCACCGAAUCAGCUUUCAUGCGUUCCAUCAUCGUUUCAAUCAGCUGUUUACCGAGGAGGCUCUUUUCAGCCAGCUGUUUGGCGAGGAGGCUCUCAGCAGCAAUAUCGAUAGUCGAUGGGCCCGGAUCUCGCGUGCGCUAGCGCAGUGGACACUCCGACUUUCGGAUUAUACGGACGCUAUGCCCGAUCGCAGAAGUCAUCCGUUCUUCGAAAUGAUGGGAAUGCUCGGAAAAGUGAAGCACAUUCGUCAGGAAGAACUCCCGGAUUGGUGGAGGCAAUCAGAGCAGCCAGAUAUUGAACCACAGCGGAUCGGCAUCGGCAUCGGCCUCAACAUCUUAGGGUUAGUUGGCGAAGUGACCGCUGCCUUGCUGCUGCUAGAGCUGGCAGUUGUCUGGCCUCUGAUAGCUUUGAAGAAGCUGGAUGCGGUUCCGUUGGACUUCGAAGGGCUAGGUUGGACCCUGUACCUGUGGCGCAAUUUUUCUGACUGGGAAGUGAAAGCACUCUGGAACGAGCGUGGCAGACGGCUGGCCGCCGAAAAGUCUCAGGCGUUGCUUUUCCACUUCUUUACAUUAGGCAUCUUAAGUACAUUGAGUGCAUUAAGUUUCGUAAUGCCUACCUAG